AUUAUAAAUAAGAAUUCAAUAUUUUGCAAACUAUGACUGAAUCUUCUGUUAAAAAUGUGAAUAAAACUAAUGAUGAUGAUGAUAUUGACGAUCCACUUGAACGCAUGUUAAAAAAAACAGGAUGCAUGGAAUUGCAUUUUAAAGUUCAGGAAUGUAUAGCAGAAACACAAGAUUGGAGAAAGUGUAAAGAACAAGUCAAUAUAUUUAGAACUUGUAUGGAAGAAUAUCAACGAAAUAAGAAUAAGAAAUAAUCACAAAAUGUCAUUAAUGAUAAAUAAAAUCAAAUCUCUGCUCAGUAACCGAAUUCAAUCAGUGUUAAAUUGUAAAAUGGUAAUAGUAGUGCGCACCGAUAUUCCAAUGGGAAGAGGAAAAAUAGCAGCUCAAUGUGCUCAUGCUGCUGUGCAAUGUUGUCAAGAAGUUAAUUCUUCUAAAACACAUAAACUAGCAUUUAAUUCUUGGUUACUAGUAGGUCAACCAAAAAUUAUACUUCAAAUUUCCAAUGAAAAAUCACUUCUAAAUUUAGCUAAUGAAGCUAAGAAAAUUGGACUUCCUUUUGCAAUAAUAAGAGACGCUGGUAGAACACAAUUAGAACCUGGUACUAUUUCCGUUUUAGGAAUUGGACCUGCACCUAAAGAACAUGUCGAUAAAAUAACUUCAUCGUUAAAAUUACUGUAAGUCUUAAAAAAGAAAUAAAUUCCUAAAUUUUAAAAUAA